AUGGUCUUCGCAAGUGACGACGUUGAUCUUUUCGUUGGAUUAAUAAAACUUCCAUCUGAAAUCAUUUCUACAAUUAUAAGUUACACCCUCAAGUGCAGAUUACCAGAAUUAUUAUAUUUCCCUCCAAUUAGAGAAAUAGUGGCUACUGAAAUUUUAACAAAUGUAUACAUUAGAAAAAGAAUUUUUAGACACAGGGACGACCUUGAAGUGUCUUAUGAGGGUUUUGAUUUCUGUGACUGCGACCACCUCGAUAUUAAAGUCAAUAAUUUGAAACAAGGUAUUCGUCAGUGGAAUAUAUUCCCAAAAUCCAUUAGUAUAGACAGCGAGGUCGAACUAAGUGAUGUUGUGAACACUUUUCCUGAAAUUUUAAUGGAUGCUCUGAGUAUCAAGUGUUAUUUUGAUUGGAAAUGCAAUCUGGACCAGGAAAACCUAUUACGGCUAUUUUCGAGGUUCAAAAUCAGGCUUGACAACUUCCAUUUUUCUCAUUCAUCAUAUCCAUUCAAAAUACCUCCUAUUGCCACACACAUUAGCCUACAUUGCUCUUCAUUGACUGAUUAUGCAAUCCCCAAUGUAAAGAAGUUUAACAUUCACGCAGCCUCUAAUGUUGUGAGAAACCAAACAUUCACCUUUUCUCCUGAUUUAGAAGAUUUGGAUAUUUAUACUGACCAGUCAAUUCAAGUGAUUGUACCUCCAAACUUACGGAGACUAAACAUACGCACAAUUAAUGGUCUAACAAAUUUGGUAUUCAAAGAAAUGCCCAAUUUAGAGUAUUUACUACUUCAAUUACCAAAUAUUCAGUCUUUUGACGCGGCAGAAAUAAUUGCUCCCAAUUUACAAAGACUAACCUUGUCUUCUUGUGAAAAGUUGUUUAAUUUUGAUGGUUUGCGAAAAUUUCAACAUUUAAAGGAAUUAAAAAUAGAAAAUAGUAAUUAUCCCAUGGAUUUGUUUAAUGAAGGUUAUUUUCCUGAGCUAGAAAAGUUGUUGUAUUGUCAUUGUAAGUUUCCAGAGUUAGAGGAUCCUAACAACUCAUUAUUAACCUUUUCUCCAAAUUUGAAAGAAUUAGAAAUAAGUAAUUAUCGUUUUCAAAAGGACAUGUUAGGCAGUUUGGUAUUCCCUCCUACAUUAACAGUUUUACGUCUUGAUAGCUUAAUAUUUAAUUAUGAUUAUUUGGGUGCAAACUUAAAAUAUAUCCAUGUUCGUACUUCAAAAAUUACAUGCAAAAGUGACUUUAGAAUCCCGCAUAUGGCUCAAUAUUUUAUCUUGGAUGCCAAUUAUUUAAUUCUUGAAAGUUUGGAUUUUAUGUAUCAUUUGCCGACUAGUCUUGCAUACUUGCAUUUGAUUGCCCAAGAGCUGGGAAAGAUGAAUCCUGCCACCCAAUUGAUUGCAUGGCCAUUAAAGUUGCGUGAUUUUGCUCUCGAAAAUUUAAAAAUUGACCAUUAUACAUUAGAGUCGUUGAACUUGAAGCACUCUAGGCUUGAAGUAAUUAAAAUUGAUAAAGGAAAUGUCAAAACAUUAGAAACUGAUUUAUUUCCUGUUACUGUUAAAGAUCUUACUUUAAAAGAAAUGGGAAUUGAGAAGUUACCAGAUUCGUUUGAAAAUUUGGAAAAUCUAUGCGUAUUGUCUUUUGAGGGAAAUCAAUUGAGAGAAGUGGAUCCUGUACAAUUGCCAAUGGCAACAUUGGAACUUUUGAAUGUGUUUAAUUGCAACCUUCGUUUCAUAUCGCCAUUUUUAGUUUCGAUGUUGAAUGAUAAGUAUAAAAAUGUUAAACUAAGAGUAAACGCUUGUGGAAAUUUGAAUGUCAGUGUUAUUGAUAUCAGAAGGGCAUUAAAAGCAAUCAAGGGCCUUUCAUUAUAUGUCACUGAACUCGAUAAAACUUUGAUUGAAAUAUCCAAGCAUUCUUCUCGUUUAAAAUGUAUACCCGAGUACAUCGAUCCCCUCUUGAAAGGAUCUCAAACCGACGAUCUUUAUAAUGGGAGUGAAUUUAGCCUGGAUGAAGAAUCCGAUAGUACUGUUGCAAGGAAAAGAAGAAAGACUUUUCCUGACUUUUUUACUUGGGGUAAUGGGGUUAACCUUGGGUAA